GUCGGAGGACACCAGGCCAGGCAGACGGACGUACAAGCUCACCGGAGAGCCCUCACGCACCCAUCCACAUGACCAAUGAACGUGAAGAUGGUCGCGUUCUCAAGAAAGAUGAAGGGAAAGAUGGCUGAAAUUAACGCUAAGAUGAAGAACAAAGGCUACAAUCCCUUCGGUUAUGACGACUCCAAGAACGAGCGACGAAAGGUAGGGACUUCGACUACCCCGGGUAUUGAUCACGGUAAAGGUGGAGGCGUGAUGGCCCUGCUGAAGGGGUUAUGCUGCUCCUGCUUCAGCUCCGAUCACCACCACCCGCUCCUCGCCGCCUCCAAAUCUCCCGUUGUCACCCACAGGAAGAUAUCACGGGUGGCGUCAACAGAGUCUCUGGCCAAGGAGGGCCUGGAGCUGUCUGAAUGUCCAAACACCAACCUUACCCCGCACGACAAACUGAUGUACGCCCGCGUCUUAAGUCGUCUUAACGCCAACUCUCCCGCCACUCCCACCACCCACAAUGGGGUGACGACGCUGGCCAAGACAACGACACAAACAGUGACCGCCCACCACACCGGCCUCCCGACCCACACGCUCGCACUCUCCAAAAGUGCUUCCAGCAGCUCCAACCAACUGUUCCCGUCGACGACUCUGCCGCCCAGUACCUCCUCCCAGUCCAUAUUGUCUGCAAGUCCAAACAGCCACCGUCGCUUUCCUGUUACACCUUCAGACAGCCCACGCCCAGAGCGCCCAUCACACACCCAACGUCCCACUCAACUCUCUCUCUCCAUCCCAGCCGCCCGUAGCAGGGGCAGCAUUACGCCCACGCCCUCGGCUGGGUCACCAGCCAGCACUCCAACGACUCCAAGGAGCCGGUCAGGUAGCUGGGGUGUAGUACGGGCGGGCUUCACCAGCUUGAUGAAGGCAAUGACUUCUCACCACCGCACUGACUCAUCCACAACCGUCGCACAUCCGGUGCAUGUUCCCCCAGACGAGGAUGAGGACGUGUGUGGAGGGGACAAGGAGGUGCCUCAAGCAGCGUGCAUCACACCAGUGGUGGGAGGCGUCAGCAAUCCGGCCCGGGAGUGUUACGGUUCCCUCACUCUCAAGAUUCACAGUCAUCAGGGGCGCUGGGUGCGAGUACGCGUGUGCCAGCUGGCCGGACUACCGUGGGUGGGCGGGUCCGGGGAGCUGAAGCUGGAGGUGAGUGUGGAGCCCGGGAGCCGCACCCACUGGCUCGAUGUUCCCCAUUCCCACGGUCCCAACGUCAUCAUUAAGCAAGAUGCGCUGGUGAAGACACCCAGGGAGAGCAAGACCAAGAAGAAAAGUGUAGUGAAGGUGUCAGUGUGGGUCCGUGGCCGCCUGUGGCGAUAUGCAGCCAUCGGCCACGCCCUCACGCCCCUCACUCAGCCCGCGGAGGCGGUCACCCUUCCACUCCAUCACCACACACGGAUGACUGAUGACUUGGGUGUAGUGGAGGUUAGUCUGCGGUGUGAUUACGCGGACAACGAGGCUGUUGGACCUGAGCAGGGUGAGGUCGUUCUCACCCUCGAAGUCCUCAGAUCAAGGAUCCUGCGGCUGCACCACCCCAGUGUGCUCUCGAAAGCUGCCCCCUCCAGGAAGAAAGAUCACGUGGAGGUUGUGUGUCGUGUGGGACUAUGGGUGAAGGGAGAGAGGAUAGAGAAAGAAUCGUCGACGCCCGUCCAGCUGCCGGUGACACAAGACCCGGUGUUUCGGUGCCGCUCAGUCUUUGUCUUACACCGGGACAGCCUGCAGCACGCCGCCAUCAUCCUCAAGGUGCUGUACACGUCCAAGUGGGGUGUUGAAGACACUGUGGGCAGGGUGCAGCUGGGUCCGCUGCUGUACCUGGGCACCUCUCCCUGCGACACCAGCCAGACACCAGACUACAACACCUCCAUCACCCUCUCUCACUGGGGCCAGGCGCUCAAGAGGCCCGGUCCCACUACCAUAUGGCACCACCUUCAGCUCUGAUGCUGCUCGCUUCUCUACCCCUCGCUGCAAGCUCACACAGAUUCUGUGGUACCUUCUUGUUGUCUUCGUGCUAAUUUUAGAAAUAAUAUGUAGAUACUUAUAAUACCUAUAUAGCUCUAUACAAAUAUUAAUACAUUUAUAUGAACAAAUAUUGAUGCUUAGCUUUACUCAAGAGUAUAAUAGUUAUUUAUUUGUUUUAAACUAAUAAGCAUUAACAAUGCAUAUUAAAGCUACUCUGAAGUUUAUGCAGAGUAUCGAGGAUGUCGUGGACAAUUGUCUUCAAGAUGUGUAGUGUGGUAGAUAACGAUGUUGGGCUGAGGAUGUCAGCUGUUGGAGCACAGACUCGCGUUGUUUCAGACGUAACCUCUGGUUGAGAUGGUCUGGGUGUGGCUACACCUAUAUAAUAUUUUAUAAUAUAUUAUAUAUAAUAUAUAAUAUAAUAUAAUAUUAUAUUUUAUAAUAUCUUAUAAAAGAAACUUGCCAUAAAA